GCACUCUGACACCACACUGGAGUAUAUGGUGCUUUCACCCACCCUGAGAUUGUAACGCCAGCAGAAGGCAGACCAUGGACAGUGGUAAACAGGUGAAGGUGACGGUUGUUUUGAGUCUUCCCUUCAUUUUCCAGCUGUGCACAGGCAACAAUGUCACUGACUACUAUGACGCCAACGUCACUGUCGAUUACAACAUGUUCGAGACUCUCUGUGAGAAGGCCGAAGUCCGGAGCUUCCGUGCCGCAUUCCUCCCAACUAUGUACUCGCUCAUCUGCAUCGUUGGGCUUUUGGGGAACGGGCUGGUGAUGCUGACCUACAUCUACUUCAAGAGGCUUAAGACGAUGACCGACAUCUACCUGCUGAACCUGGCCUUGGCGGACAUCCUCUUCCUGCUGACGCUCCCCUUCUGGGCCACGAGCGCAGCCAAGUACUGGAUUUUUGGGGAGUUUGCCUGCAAAGCCGUCUACUGCAUCUGCAAGAUGAGCUUCUUCAGCGGGAUGCUGCUGCUCCUGGCCAUCAGCAUUGACAGGUACUUCUCCAUUGUCCAGGCUGCCUCCGCCCACCGUCUCCGCUCCCGCAUGAUCUUCAUCAGCAAGAUCACGUGCUUCUCCAUCUGGAUCCUGGCCUUUGUCCUCUCCAUCCCAGAACUGGUCCACAGUGGAAUGAACGCAUCCGAGACCCCCCGCUGCUCCAUCAUCGCCACCACCGACUUGCACAAGUUCGACACUGGCAUCAAAGUGUCCCAGAUGGUCUUUGGCUUCCUAGUACCCCUGUUGGUCAUGUCCGUCUGCUACUUUGUCAUCGUCAAGACCUUGCUCCAAGCCCGUAACUUUGAGAAGAACAAGGCCAUCAAGGUCAUCAUCGCUGUGGUGAUAGUCUUCGUCGUCUUCCAGCUGCCUUACAAUGGCGUCAUGUUGGCCAAGACCAUCUCAGCUUUCAACAAUACUGACAGCCAGUGCGAGAAGAGUAAGCAGCUUGACGUGGCAGACGACGUGACCUACACUCUGGCCUGCUUCCGCUGCUGCCUCAAUCCCUUCCUCUAUGCCUUCAUUGGCGUCAAGUUCCGCAAUGACCUCGUCAAGCUUCUCAAGGAGCUGGGUUGCCUGAGCCAGGAUCGGCUCUGGCAUCUGUCGACUUGCAGGGAGAACAGGCGGUUCUCCUUUGCUAUGGAGACCGAGACAACCACCACUUUCUCACCAUGAGGGGUGUUCUGUGCCUGCUUUGACUGAGCCAGGGCUGGGGUAUUCCUGCAUCUUGCAGCCCUCUUGAAUUACUGAUUUGAGCAGGGCCAGCCUCACCUUGGCCGGAGAGCUGUAUCAGCGCAGAACAAAACCUAUUAACUUCCCCACAUUUCAGGAAAUCCAGGUAGGUGGGAGAGACUCGGCUAAGGCUACUACAAAGUACUAAGCUGGGGAGCAAUUAGACCUCAUGUUAAUUGUUCCAUUUCCCUUCAGUUCCAUUUGGGCAUCAUUCCUCAUUGCUCCAAUAUAAAACCUUUUUCUUAUUUGUGUUACAGCUGAGCUCUCUGGAGCACCUCCUUGCUUUGAAUGCCGCAUUUAACAAGACUGCAUUUUGCUCUUUCUUACACACACAAACUUUGUAGCACUGAUCCAGCUAGUAAGACAGAAUGUGACUAAGCCAUGCCUCAAACUCCAAGCUCAGCACAAUACAUGGUAUAAGCUAGCAUUGACUUCUGAUUCUUGAUUAGGCUUCAGUUGCUUGAAUGCUGGAAUGAAUCAGUAUCCCUAGCAUGCCACUCCCAGUUCCUUCCUCCCCACUCCAAAAGUCAGAUUUGCAUAAUUAACCCUAAAACUACAGAUUUUUAAAAUGAGUAAGUUUGAUAACAGUCACUGUUAAUGCAAAAUCUCGAAAGUUUGUUGGGGGAAACAAUGGCUUUCAAUUCACUUUGCUUGUGCUGGGAUUUUGGG